AGUUACGGUGAAGGGUGGAUUGUACGCACAUUUGUCUCUUUAUCUUCUUCGUUCUCACUUCUCACUCACUCUACCUUUCUCUCUCACUGCACUUUAUUCUCUUCCUUACUCUCACCAUCUUUGCUAUCUUUGUUCUUUCUCUUGCCACUGUUCCGUUGUUACCAGCUGUACUGUGACACAUCCAGAUACAUCGAACUUGCCCGUAAUAAAGAAUCGCUGACGAGAAGUGAGCUGACUGGUUUCGAGAACGCGUGUUGUUGGGUGUCGUGUUGCGUGCACGCGGUGUGUAACCUAAAGUGUGCAUCCAUAUGCACGUCAUUGGUGCGUGAAAUAAACAUACUGUGCUGCAGCGAACAUACCAAAAGUUUACCCUGAGACCGCCCCCCCGGAAGUCAAGAUGCAUCGUAUUACGUUCACUGCCGUCGUCUUACUUUUUGGUCUUAUUGGAUGUACACAUUCGCAGGAAAAUCUAUCGUCGGAUGACGUGCUGCAGAAGGUCAAUAGUGUGGUGGGCAACAUCCCGGAAUUGAACAACGCAUCACUGCCCAACAUCGAGGAGGCCAAAAAUCUCUUAAAGGAAAAGUGUACGAAGAACGGUGGACCAAAAGCAUUUGACAUUGUCCAGCAAGCUCAAGUAAACGCGUCGCAGUGCAUUCAGUCGCUCGUCAACAUCACGGAGCUGCAGGCGGAGAUGGAGAAGUAUAAACCAACCGGUGAUCUAGACAUCGUCUUUAAGAAUUACUGCAACAAGCGCUCCACUUUGAGGGCCUGCGUUAGCGAUUUCACGGACAAGAUAGAACAUUGUCUAGACGAGAAGGAGAAGGAGAACAAGAAAAUCGUAUUGAAUAUCACCGAUUCGUUAUUGGAGUUUAUUUGCUACAAAGAGGGGGAUCGCAUCGCACUCUUCAUAUCGGCUGGAGGACCGGAAUGCUUCCAAUCAAAACAGCAAGCGCUUCAAGACUGUGCCAACAAUACGUACGGCAGUUAUCUACCAAAAACUGAUUCUUCUAGUAACGGUUUGGCAGGACUCGAGAGUCUACCAUCGCUGAUGUUUGGUCCCAAAGAAUGCAAGGAUAUGACCAAUAUUCAAGCUUGCGUUGUGACGGAACUGGAAAAGUGUACUGAUCCAACGCCCGCGAAUAUAAUGGAUUCUAUAUUCAAUUUCAUCAAAAAAGUAACGCCGUGUGAGAAUAUACUCAAUGCGGAAAGCGCUGCUGCUACCGGCACACAAAAGUCUGGUGCUUUGAACAUGUUGGGCGCUCUUUCGACUAUAGGGAUUUUCCCGUUUGUAAUGACAGGCGGAAAAAGAGCUGAGUUUACAUCCGACGAAGAUUCAGUCAACAAUGAUGCGUGUAGUGAAACCAGCGGCCAAUCCGACAACCGCAGCAUGCUGGAGGACGCAAACGACAACGAGGUGGACGAACUCGCGCAGCAGGAGACGUUUGAGGAAAAACUGAAGGAGGCGAUCGACGGUCUGACGCAGAAGAGCGCCAAGGGCCGAACCAUCUGCUUCAACGGCAUAGAGAAGAUCUUCGCUAUCAAGUAUAUCCCCGACUUUGUCGAGGACCGAAAGAUGACCAUCACGGAUGCCGUGGAGCGCAGCUUGAAGAAGGGACGCGAUGACGAACAAUCGACAGCGGCCAGACUGAGCACUCUCUUAUGCGUUCAGCUGGGUGCAUUCGAGAGCGCUGAGAUAAUCUGCAGGGAUUUGAAGUCGACUUUCACCUUUAUCGCCAACGACAAUACAGCUCCUGUCCACGCUCGCGCCGAGUGUUGCUGGGCCUUGAGUAUGAAUCAGUUCUUGUCGGGCAACGAUGCCACUGACACCAUGGAAAUCGUACAGCUGCUGUCGUCCAUCUUCUCCGGCUCGUACCUCAAAGGGAAUGGCGCGAUCGCGAACAUAUCAACAGACGUGGCGGCACUACACGCGGCGGCAAUCUCAUCCUGGACUCUGCUUCUGACAGUCAUGACUUCUGCGGACAUCUACAAUCUACUGGCGAGCGACAGAACAAACAGCUACAUGCCCUCUCUCAAUCGAUUGCGCGAACUAUUGGAAUCACCGCAUCUCGACGUACGCCUGUCAGCUGGCGAGGCCCUGGCUGUGAUAUUCGAACUCGGUCGCGAUUUCUCCUGCGACUACGAGCAGGACUGGGCGUUGGACCUCGUCGAAAUUCUCAAGGAACUCGCGACGGAUUCCAACAAGUAUCGAGCUAAGAAAGACCGCAAGCAGCAGCGCGCCAAUUUCCGAGACAUUCUGCGUUAUAUCGAGGAAGACGUUGUUCCGGAGAUGCACGUCAAAUUCGGAGGUUCUGGUCAAGAAGUUCUGUAUUUAGAGGGAUGGUGCGCGAGGACUCAAUACAAUGCCUGCUGUCGGCUCUUAGGCCCCGGAAUCAAUAUCCAUCUUGCUGAAAAUCAACUGCUGCGCGAGAUCUUCCAUCUCGGCAACAAGGUUCUGCCCGCACCGCACCAUAUUCAGAAAACGAGUAAAUUGGAAAGAACAUUGAUGAAUGCGGCCGCGUUUAAAGCACGCACCAUUCAGCGCAACAAGAACCGCGACAAGCGCUCCGCAGCCAUGGCACCGUAAUUAUACUUCUGCUCUCCUAUACUGGCUGUCUGAUUUUAGUGUAAUGCAAGUAUACUUAAAUUUCCUGUUAAUUUAUUGCAACUAUAUUUAAUAGCGCAAAUUACUGUUCUCUUGGCAUCAAGUCAAAAUUUUUACCGAUACUCCACGUGUGCGUUUCGCUCUUUACAAAAAUCUCUGUCAAUAUGAAUACAUGAGAUUGAUCUUGACGCUAUAUUUAUUUAAUAAUAAAUAUUUAAUGAAGUCCACGUGUAUAUACAAGUCUAAAUAUAUAUGUAUAUAUACAAACAGUAACGCUGACGCAAUAACAAUGAUCGCGUUUUAUGUAGCUAAAUGAUUUCGGCAUGUACAAUUGAUUUUAUCAAUUCUAAUAUUAAUCAAUGUGAUAUUGUUUGAACUGUUAUUAUCGUCGCUGUUGUUUCUUGGGUGUAUAUUGUAUGUUAACUGGUACAUCAAGGUGUUAUACAGUGUUUUAAUUGCUAUGGACGGAAUUGUUUUGAAACUAGUUUUGAUUGUAAGAUGCAAACACCUGCAAUCGCUAUCUUCGGAAUUAUUUCGCAUGUUAACAAUAAUGGAUAUAUAAUUGGGGUGACGAUAUACUUACCAGCAUUGUACAUAAACAGGUGUAAAUUGUAAUAACGCGUUCCAAUAAACAGAUUGUAAGGAUGAACACGAA